CUUACUCCUCACAACUAAUCCCUCGUCAACCACAGACUACAAAUCUCCAACCAUGCGUACCGCCACCACCUUCAUUGCCAUCGCCUCUGCCUCGGCUUUCGGCCAGGAGAUUGGCUCCACCGACGGCCCCAGCAUUGUCUCAGCCCCUAACGCCAUCUCAGCUCCGAAUGUCAACAACGGCUGGCAGGCUGACGGCUCGUUCUUCUCUGGCGGAUCCAGCCAGGGUGGCAAUGCCUUCACCAACAUUUUCGGAUCGUCUUUCUCGACUGUCAAUAGCAAUGAUGUAUCCAAGGGCAACAUCGUCAACAACCCAUCGCAGUCCCAUGUCAAGGGUAACGACGGCUGGACUGCAAACGGCAAUUCGAACCUGCUUGGUCCGGUCCAGAACACAUUCAGCGCUGCUGGGUUUGUCCGUCGCAACAGCGAUGUCGUGUUUGCUAACAAUGCCCAUCAGGUGAGUGCUGCGCCGCAAGUUGCCCACCCUGGGUUCGUCUCUGGCGGCUUUGCACCAGCCGGCGUUUCUGGCUUCGCAGUUCCUGGCUUCGCUAACAACGGUGUCGUCAGCAGCGUCUUCAAGCGCAACGGUGAUGUCGUGUUUGCCAAUGACCACCACCAGGCCAGUACUGUUGUUGGCACUGCCUUUGGCGUUGCUGCUCCGCAGUUUGUCCAGCCCGUGUUUGCUCCGGUCUUUGUCCAGCCCGUGUUCACUCCUCAGUUUGUCCACCCAGUUGUCGCUGAACCCAUUUCUGCCUCUGCUGCAGCUCCUGCUGUUGUCCCAGAGGUUGUUGCUCCCAUCGCUGCAGCUCCUGUUGCCAGUGUUCCUGUUGCUGCUGAGCAGAACGGACAGAAGGCCACUGUCAUCCAGAACCAGGCCUGAAUCAAAUACG